AUGGAUAGAAAGACGACCAGUUUUCAGAAGCAGAAUUUGACAUCAACCUCGCCAAAAGUCGUACCACCUAGUCCUUUUCUAACAGGAUAUUUACUUAUUUAUAAUGGAGUAUUAACUAUUGGAUGGUCACUAAUAUUCUAUGAAACAUUGAAAAGUCUACUUUCUUAUCGUUCAUUCAAAGAUUUAAGCGAAUGUUAUGGACUAUGGAAAUCAAUCGAAAUACCAUUGAAAAUAUAUCAGACAGCAGCAUUCUUAGAAGUUAUACAUGCUGCUCUCGGUUUUGUAAGAUCAAAUCCGAUCAUUGUAUUUAUUCAAAUAAUAUCACGUGUGUUUUUAGUAUGGGGCGUAGCCAAUUAUAUUCCAUACGCUCAAUUAACACCUGGCCUCUUAUUAGCUGUCACGUGUUGGUCAAUAACAGAAAUCAUUCGUUAUUCAUAUUAUGCCUUAAAUUUAUAUAACUUGGCUCCAUCAUGGUUAACAUAUUGUAGAUAUACAUUUUUCAUUGUACUAUAUCCACUUGGUGUAGCGGGUGAACUGUGGACGUUAUCAAAAGGAAUGUCGUCUAUUUAUUCUCAACCACGUCGAAGUCAUUAUUCAAUAUUAUUACCAAAUAAAUAUAAUUUUGGAUUAGACUACUUUUACUUAUUAUGUAUCGUGGUUUCAGCAUAUGUUUGGGCAUUAGGAAAAGUUCCGUCGAAUUUAAAUUUUCUUGCUCUACAUGGACAACUUUUCGUAUUACAAGUAUCAUUAGAAUGGCAUACUUCAGUAAGAGCGGAAUUAACGUUAACACGUCUGAAUAAUGUCAUUGAUAGUAAUAACUUUAAUGAACAGCACACAUAUCUUCGAAAUUACCGUUACUCAGAUGUGGAGCGGGGUGCUCUUGAAUUAGCAAAUGCUGUUGAAAACGCAUGUUCACAAGAAACAAAUUUUAAAUUUUUGUACGAUAUUAAACAAACAAAACCGUCUCUUUGCACUAUGGCUUAUGUAUCAAAACCUAAAUGGUACAUACCAGGGGAUGUGAACAUACCAAAAAAGGGUGAGAAAAAUGAAAAUAAACGAUCUGAUCCAGCUAUUGAGGGUAUGGUUGAAAAGUGGAGACUUGACUCUGUCAUAAAUUACUUUCAUGGUUCUGGUUUGAUCAAAAUAUUCCUUCCACCUAUAUGA